GAGUGGCUAAAAGGAAACCAAAAUGGACAAAAUGUACGUGGCUUUAAUGAUUGGGAUCUUCAGUUGCUUACUUUUCAUGCCAUCUAUGGAUGCAUUCACUCACAUAGUCGGUGGAAACCACGGUUGGAGAGUGCCCGACAACGUUACCUUUUUCGACGAGUGGGCAAAACCUAGAACGUUCGGUGUCGGAGACAAACUUGUUUUCCCGUACCGGCCAGGUGCGAACAACUUAUUGGCCGUAAAGAAGGCCGACUACGAGACAUGUGGGCAAGGGGAAGAGGACGUGAUCAACAUGUACUACCUUGGGCCAACCAUCUUGAACAUCACCCAACCAGGUGACUACUACUACUACGAUGGGAUUGGUAAGCACUGUGAAGCUGGCCAGAAGCUCCACAUCCAAGUGGGUUCAAAAGAGGGAACUUCUGGCUCAGACCCUUUGCCAUUUAACCUUCAAACUUUUGGAAUUCCCACCGCUUUCGGCACCAUGGUGGAACCCCCGGCUGCAGCCCCGGUUGUAACCCUGGCUGCACCCAGGGUUGUAACCCCGGCUGCAGCAAUGGCUCACAAAUUUGGGUUGGCCUCUUCGGCAAUGUUAAUGCCCGUGCUUUUGUCCAUAUUUCUUUAAAAUUGU